AUGAGGUCCUACUAUGAGUCGUUUGGAGCUGUGGCGUGUGAUUCGAAUGGGGAAUCUGAGCAACAGGAGACCGACGACUAUGAUGAUGAUGAUGAUGAUGAUGAUGCGCGGCGGCGCACCCCGGACAAUGCCGGCACUGGUGGGAUCUCAAGUGACUCGAAGGACUAUGUCGAGCAGCCGUGGUGGCGCGGCAACAGCAGAGGGUCCACUCCACUCAGGCAGCCGGCCUGGGAUGGGUGGUCCGAGGACGGAACAUACAUGGGCUCUCCGGCCCCUUGGGUCGGCGAGGACCGGCGAGGCUGGAGCUGGUACGGUGAAGGUUCGGAAAAGGACUUCGACCGGCGGAGCACUGAGAAUUGGAGCUGGAAGACAGGCGGCUUCGAGGACAGUGCUCGGGAGGAGGCCGAAGACCAGCAAAGCAAUGAGAAUUGGAGCUGGAAGACGGCCUGCUCGAACAAUGGAAGCUAUGGAAGCGAAGCGGCUAGAGCUUGGAAGGGCAAGCACGAGGCGCAGUGGGAUCAAGCCGCCUUCUAUGCCGAGGACUACCAGCACCACGAGCACUACGACACGAUCGACCGGAAGGAGGAUGAGUUUCGCGACCGCAAGGGCGAGGUUAAGGUUGCCGGAGAGGAAGAUUCUACCUCUCGCGGCGAGAAGAAGCCCAGCCGGGUUUCGAGUACGUAUCCUCCGGUGUUCAGGGCCAAGCCGCAGGAGAGCUACUUGGAGUGGAAGAGGAGUGUGGAGUUUUGGAUUGGAGGAGAAGGAGGACAACUGCCUCCCGAACUGGUGGGGCCUCGGAUGAUGGUUCAGCUGAAGGACCGGGCUGCGCAAUUGGUGAAGAGGCUCAGCAACAAGGACGUGAACGGGGCGGACGGAAUGACGGUGAUCUUUGCCGAGCUGGAGAAGUCCCCAUUGAUCCGGCAAAUGGACAAGCACAUGAUCGAUGAGCACAGGCGGCGGCUGAUGCAUCUCAACCGAGCUCCCAACGAGUCCAUUGAGAGCUACAUCACGAGGGCCUCCCUGUACAGGUCGCAGCUUUUGGGCCUGGACAGUUCGUUGGCCAUGGGGGAAGCCUUUUAUGUUGGGCACCUGAUGGACCACGCCCACUUGAGUCACCGCGACAGGGCGAUGGUCAAGACCAAGGCGGGCUCCGAGACGGACGAGUACUUGGUGACCAAUGCCUUGGUGGAGUUGGCCACGGAGCUCGAGGGCGAGGCUGGCUACCCCAUCGGAAUGUCAGAGCCGAACAUGGCCAGGAACGGCGAAGAGUGGCUUUUGCAGCGCGGUGACGGCCGGGCUCGCUACACUGGCGGUGGUGGGAACAAUGGCGGCCGAGUCGCCAGCGGCACUCCGGGAAGCCGGGCGGCAAGGCACUCCUUUGCUGCCGAGUACAUGGAGGCAGGCGCUCCCGUGGACGAGGAGCCCGGCGACGAGGACUUCGAAGACGGGGAGACACCCCCGGAGCUGCUCACACGCGAGAACGAGGCUUUCGGCAUGCAGUACAAGGCCAAGCAAAAGAUAGCAGAGGUUCGCAAGUUGAGACAGUUCUACAAGAAGCCUGACAAUGAGGCCAAGCGCAAGGCACUGGCAGAACAAAUGCGGGUGAACCCGUGCCACAACUGCGGCGAGCUGGGCGGUCGUCCUCAACAAGUGCUGGUGGCAAGGACGAGGAACCCCCAGCGUGCGCCAGAAGUGUCGGAGGACCGUGAAUGGGAUCUUUUGCUUUCCCUGUGCAGUGGGCCAACGAGCCAGAGUGACCCGAAGCGAUGCCCCUCUCCGCAGUAUAAGGGCCAACCAUCGCACCAAGUGUUCGGAGUGAUCGAGGUUGAGGGUUUUGACGUGUUGUGGUCAUUGCAAGAUCUCGCCUUUAAGAUCAUCUUGGACAUUGGAUGCAUGAGGUCAGUGGCAGGGGUGCAAUGGGCCAACUUGUUGGUGGAGCGAUGGCAACGUGAAGGCCGAUGGUUUCAUGUUGAGCGUGAGAAGGAAACUUUCAAGUUCGGAGGCGGAGAGGUGCUCACCAGUCGCUUCAGGUUGUCUUUCGUGGGGAAGCUACAUGUGAAGAACUACGGGGUGGGGCAAGAGAGUGGUCACUACACGCUGCGAGUUGAUGAUUGUGAAGUGGACUGUGCCAGUUUGCCCAUGGACUUUCGCAUGGAGCAAGGGGUGGAUGCUGUUCCGAUCAUUUCCGCAGCAUUGAAGGAGCCGCAGUGCCCCACGAUCGACGUGGAGUCGGAGGGGGACGAGAGCUUCAAGAUGGUGGGACCCACCGAAAUCGAGACCCGACCGAGGCGCACAGCACCACCACGCCCGGAGGCCAUGACCACUGUGAAGGGCCGCCGUACGCCGGGAUCGAGCAGCAAUCAAGCCUCACCAGCGGCAGCGGCGGAGAUGGUGGAUGGAGUCAGCGGAUUGACCCCGCAGGAGCUCCAGAUGCUGACCAAGAGGCGAACGAAGCAAGCUGCCUCCAAGGCCAAAGCCAUCGAACGGAAGGCCUUGACCGGGAUCCAAGCAGACUUUCCAUCUCUCUCCCAUGCAUGGAGUUACGAGGCACGUGUGAAGGCAGCAGUGGAGGCGGAAGGUGGUGGCAUGGCUCUUCGGCCACUUCGGAUCGAUGCGCCAGCGGAUGAACGCGCCAGACACCUGGGCCCUGAUGUAGGGGCCGGCGGCCCUCGCCGCCCGAACCGUGGAGUGCAGCAGAAGAUCAAGGGCUGGAUGGCAGGGCCUCGCAUUGACUUGGACGGAGGUUGGGACUUGGCGAGCCCCCGGGAUCACAAGAGGCUCCUGGACAUGAUCCGAAGAUGCCAGCCGGACUUGGUGACGUGCGAGCCUCCUUGUGGCCCUUGGUGCGGACAACGGGAUCAAGACCUCAAUGACAACGCCGUCUGGGAACGCCGCCAAGGUCACCUACCAUUUUGGAGGUUGGCGGCUGAGAUCUGGGCUUUACAGGCCAACGAAUGGCGCACGGUCGUGAUUGUGCAGCCAGUUUUGUCACAGGCUCUGCAGCUCAGCUUUAUGCGUGAGCGGGACGGCGUCCAUCGGGCUGUUCUUCCUAUGUGCGGCUUCGGGCUAUGUGACCCGGAGAACCACCAGCCCUACGACAAAAAGGUGGCCUUCGAGACCAACAACGGCGAGCUUGCCCGGAACAUGAUGCGCGGCGUCUACUGCACCCAUGGAGCACGAGGACACCAGACGACGCAGGGGUACUGCAAGGAGGCGGGCCUGUGGAUUCGAAGGUCAGAGGCGGCUUCGAGGUGGCCUCCUCAGUUUUGUGAAAGGAUGUUGGAGGCGGCAGAGCAUUGUAUGAGCCGGGCGCCGGAGCCUGGACCGUGGUCUUUGCGUACGCCUACCAUGUCAGGUGGCUGGGAAACCAUGGCCGUGGCAAGUCAUGACGUGCCUGAUGAGGGGCUGCGCCAGGAGCUGGCCAAGCACUCCAUGACGGGCGAACGAAAGGACUUUGUGCGCUUCGAGGGCGCCGCCAAUCAACAACCUCGGCGCCUACGAGCCCUUGUUGCCCACCUCCACGUGACCAUGGGCCACCUCUCCAAUGACCGCCGGGCCAGAAUGCUGAGGCUGAGUGGGGCCAACGAUGCGGCAGUGAACCUGGCGAGCUCACUGCGAUGCCAGGUGUGUGCGAUGACACGACCGCCGUUGCCUACACCCCAAGUGGCCUACCAGAAGCCCAAGGCGUUCAACGAAAGGGUGUCGGGCGAUUCUUUCUACGUGUGGGAUGCUCAGAACCAGAAGUUUGCGGUGACACACUACAUCGACGCCCUCACCGAUUACCAGGUUGGUGACCUGACGGACGCCCCCGACUCGUCCUUCUCCCGGGAAGUCUUUCAGGACUUGUGGCUGGCAGUGUUCGGUCCACCCGAUUUGCUGAUCACAGACGGAGGCAGUGAAUUUCGGGGCAGCCUGGAGACUAUGCUGGACCUCUUUGGGGUCGUCCACGAGGUCACCCCAGAAGGAGCAAAAUGGAGGCUCGGGCAAGCUGAACUGAUGGUCAUGAAGCUGGUGAAGGGGAUGGGCUUGACCGGCCUGAAGGACAUGCGCCACGCUCUCCUGGCAUCAGUGGGAGCGAGGAACCGCACGCUGAAUCGUGGUGGAGUUUCCCCAAUGCAAGCGGUGACCGGCCGGAACACCAUGAUCCCUGGCUCCCUCAUGCAGCAGCUCUCCUCGGGGAAUGUCCGGUUCAAGUACAAUGCGGCGAGCACCAAGGAGGCUUUGGCCAGGGCCGAACGCAUCCGCAUUGGGGCAGUGGAAGCCUUCCAUUGGCUCGACUCCCACGACGCGCUCAGGCGGGCAUUGGCUUCGAGAUCCCGACCUCCGCACAUGGAGGGCAUCCGUGAAGGGGCCAUGGUCUAUGGCUCGUCGGGCCCUGAAGUCAUCGUCUGCGCGGAGCGAGACAAGCCGAUUCCGCAAAGGAUUUGGGUGCGCAUCCGUGGCCGGGUGAAGGCUUUUCCUUUGGAGAAAUUGAGGCUGGCGACCGUGGACGAGAUGGUCGAAGAGGUGGCUCCGGAGGAAAAUUCCAAGGGCAGGGCAUCAUCCUCAUCCUCCUCCUCGUCUACGGACACGGAGAUGGAAGACAAGGAGGACGACCCGGUGGCCACAGCUGAGCAGGUCGAGCGUGCCAAAUUGUUGGACGACCUGCCACACUCAGUGGCCCGCAACCUCGAGGACAAGCGGAAGCGUGACGCGGCCAGCAGCUCCACGGACGACCCCCACACCCUGGACUUCCAGAAGAAGCAAAAGCUCUUCGAGGAGCUGGCCAAGCAAUUGCAACCGCACUCCAGUUUGGAGGAGGCUUUCAUCCGGAAGCACUUGGAGGACACCUAUGCCCGGUUCAAGCAGGUGAAGAAGGCCAUCCUCACUAAGCCCAAACAAAAGGCCGGACGCAGCCGCGGUGAUGGCGGUCAUACCAACAAGGCCGACCGUAGCAAGGCACGAUCGGUGAUGCAAGUAAGUUGCGAGGACGUGCCCGCUUUCUUCCGACCUGGCGAGAUGGAGGCCUUGGUCAACGACACAGUCCGCCAAUGGUCUAUCUGGGGCGAGCAGUCGGCCUACGCUGACCAUGAGGUGCUGGUUCAAGUGAGCCAGAAGGUUCAGUCCGCUGAGAUGGAGGGGAUCACCGAGGUGACCACGGGUCGGGCACGCGUGGAGUACAAGUGGUCCACGCUCGACCCUCAGUGGCGUGAUGCAUUUAAGGAGCCCUUGAAGAAAGCGGUCGGCGUCUACCUCGAGCACAAAGGCAUUUGCGGUGUCCCUGCCGAUCAGAUUGUGGACCCCACCAGGGUGAUUGGCUCGCGCUUCGUCCUGACCAACAAGGGCGAGGACGAUCUGAGCCAAGCCGACUUGAAGGCCCGCUGGGUGUUUGGUGGCCACCGAGAUCCAGAUGCCGGAUUGUACGCCACAGCAUCGCCUACGGCAAGUGUGUUGGGCCACAACUUGCUGAACUUCGUGGCGGUGCAAUUGGGCUGGGUGGUGCACUACGAGGAUGUAAGCGCCGCCUUCUUACAGGGCAAGGUGACCGAGUUCCUGAUGGGCGGCCUGGGCAACGGGAUGCGCCCGGACAUGGUGCAGCUGACCAAGGGUGGCUUUGGACUUCCGGAGUCUCCAAGGCUAUGGUACCUGGCCGACAAGGAGACUCUGCAAGAACUUGGGCUCCACGAGUUGGCCUUGGUUCCGGGGCUCUUUCGGGCUUUCCACUUCAGCGGUGAGAACAAAGGCUUGCUCCGCGCUUUGGCCUCCAUCCAUGUCGAUGAUACUCGCUAUGCUGGAGACCACACGAGCCAGGAGAUUUGGGACCGAUUGCACCUCAAGCUCAAGUUCGGCAAGAUGCGGAAGGCCACAGAAGGGUGGCAGAAGUUUUGCGGCAGAUGGGAGCGGCAAGACCCGGAGACCUUCGAGAUGGAGUACUCGAUGUCAGAAUACACCAAGUCCAUCCCGAUGGUUAGGACAAGAGCAGAGUGCCCUGAAGCUCCCUCGACUUCUACCACGACUCCCGAGAGUUCCUCCACUACAAGUGCAGAGUGCGGUAUGGCUCCAUCGACUUCUACUACGACUCCUGAGAGUUCCUCCCUUACCAGUGCAGAGUACCACGAAGCUCCAUCGACUUCUACUACGACUCCCACAUGUCCAUCGGUGAAGUGUUCCAGUGGGGAUGCCAUGGUCAUUGAUUGCCUAGCCGAGGCUGUGCAUCAGGUGGUGGGUCCAGACGAGGCAUUGACAGAUGCCGAGAAGAAGCUCGUGGGCUCUGUGGUCGGUCAGUUGAACUGGGCGGCUAGACAAGGGAGGUACGACUUGAGCUUUGUGGCGUCCAGUGUGCAACAGUUGGCUGGCCGUGGACAUCCGUCAGCCCUUAAGGUGUUGAACCAAGGCGUGAAGCGCGCCAAGGAGGACGUGAUCAUCAAGGUCAGGAACCUCGGUUGCGGCCUCGAGGACAUCAUCCUCAUUGCGGUGAGUGAUGCUGCCUAUGGAGCCAUGCCUGGUGGCCACAGUCAAGGUGGCAUUAUGGUGAUGUUGGGCUCUCCCGACACUUUGUCUGGAAUGGCCCCAGUGUGCCCAGUGGAAGGCAUCAGCAGCAAGAUCCAGCGCGUGGUUCGCUGCUCGAUGAGUGCCGAGGUGAGUUCAUUGGCCACUUGCUUUGAACAUGGCGAUUUCGUGAGGGCUGUGUUUUGCGAGCUGAUUGAUCAUAAGUUCAAACUACCACAAUGGAAACUGUCAGUAGCCCGAUGGCCUCUCUACCUGGUGACGGACGCUCGCAGGGGCUACGACUGUUUGAACAGCGACACCCUGCCCUCCGACCGCAAGAUCGCCAUAGACGUGGCCGUUCUCAGGCAGGCAAUCAUCGAGGACCAGAUGCAAUGCUUUGUGCGGUGGGUUCCGGGUUCAGUGAUACCAUGCGACGGCCUCACAAAGUGGGCAGACAACCAUGUUCUACUCCAGAUUCUGAAAUCUGGCGAGUGGGCUCUCGUGGACAGUCAAGAGGCCCAGGAGUUGCGUCGCAAGGCGAGUGUGAAACGCUCGAUGUGGCGUAAGGCCGCGAAGGCCACUUUUGCCGAUGCUCAACGGUUCUCCGCUCCAGAGGGGGCUUGA